UUAUCUGAAUACACAACAGACUAUACAUAGACCGUGUUUGAAUUGCGGCCUCCCUGUCAUGGUCACGGUCAUACACAACGUUAACCUGUGUGACUAUUAGGGUAUUGGGAAAAACAUGUACAUAAUGAAAUAUCGGUAUGUGAUAUAAAUCGCUAGUACGUUCUUCUGGAUUAAAGGCGUAUUUACACACUCGAUGUGUUAUAGAAGCAGGGUGACAUUCUGACUUAUAUUUCCAGUAAAUAGUCCAAGGCAGGGAGAACCUGUGUGUACCACGAAGGUUAACCUUGUUGGAGAAGAAUUGACUGCCGUGACUCGGAAAAUCAGUGUAACGUUACGUGGACAUGGGGGUAAAAAAUCUUGAUAUCCGUGUGAAUGGCGGUCAGUCCGUGUUCUAUCCCGGCCAGAUGGUACAGGGAAAUAUACACCUCGACGUGGAUAGCGAUACCAAAGUCAAAGAGAUUCGGUUGCGUUUCCGAGGCUAUGCAGACGUACACUGGACAGAACAAAAGUCACGAGGAAGCGGAAAGCAUCGCAGAACGUACACCAAGCAUUACCGAAGCCAUGAAACUUACUUCGACAAUAUAGUAAAGGUCCUCGUCCCUGGUCCAGGAGAAGAUCAGUUGAUUAUGAAGCCAGGCCAAUAUACGUAUCCCUUUGGCAUGCAGCUCCCCGGCAAAUGCGCUACCUCAUUUGAGGGCGGCGUGGGGCGAGUGCGGUACUACCUUCAAGCUAUCGUAGAUAAACCCUGGGCAUUUGACAAUGAACACUUCCAUCCGUUUACGGUCAUACAACUGCUGGACCUCAACGGAAGAACAGAUGUUAUGAACACCGUCGAAAAUCAGGGAUCGAAGACGCUAUGUUGUCUUUGCUGUGAGUCUGGACCAAUCACAGGCAAGCUACGUCUUAAUCGAACAGGAUAUGUCCCGGGCGAAAAGAUCAUGGUUCAGGGAGAAGUUGUUAAUCACAGUCGAAGAGCGAUGAAAAACCACCAGAUCAACCUCCUUAUGAACGUGAAUUACCACGCAGGUGGUAAGACAAGAAGAGUUCAGACGGAGGUGGCCGAGCUCCGGAAGAUUGAGAUACCACCAGGCGAGUCAGAUAGUUGGAAUGGGGAGGGGUUAGUGAUACCUCCACUACCUGCUUCCGGUCUACCUGGAUGUUCCAUCAUAACCAUCGACUAUACUGUUGAGCUGCAGGUUGUUCCCUCUGGACUGGCCUUUGAUUUGAGUGUUCCCAUCCCUGUAAUAAUCGGCAGUAUUCCAUUAGUGUCAGUAGUCCAGCAGUUCGGAGUCCCAAUGAAUAAGCCUACGACUGUGCAUGCACCCGAGUCCAGAGUCAAUCCGUCGGCUCCUCCUCCGUCCUAUAGUGAUAUCUACCAUAAUGACCCUGCCUACCCGCCGCCCCCACAAAGCAUGAUGCCAGAAAAUAUACCGCCACCCUCAUACGGUCGUAGUGCGCUGGGAGCAAUGUCGGGUGGAUACAGUGAGGGAAAUGAGGUUGAUAACGAAGAUGCGGCCCCUAACUCUGUCCAGCCAACGAACCAGCCCUCCAACCAGAACUGGAGCCCGAUGUAUCCCUACUACGACUGGAAUCGCCCCGAUGCAAAUUUCCACGUCAAAGAAAAAGAACAGAGGGCAUAAGAUCUACAUGUAUAUUGCGAUAAUCUUCAGCUUCCUAUAUUGUUUUCCUUAAUAUCUACAUGUCGCUAUUUUGACGUGAAACAUUAACAUGUCCUGUUAACAAUCGUUUUACGUCAAAAUAUGUUUAAAUAUAUCAUGUUCUGUAUUGUAUUUAGGACUUGAGAGUAUACACUUUACAUAUAGUUCGAGAACUCAUAUUGUACAACAGGUGGAUUUAAAAUACCAAUGUAUGAUAAAAUUGAUUAUCACUGUGAAUAUUUCGAAAUUAUUUUUCUUUAUGCCAAAAAGUGUUAUUCAAGGACCAAAUGAAUACAACACGGCUUAUUUCAAGCAUACCUCAAUGACAUGAACUCCAAACUAUGUUGGUUCUUAUUUAAAGUAUUGUUUGUCAUUUUACAGCUCAAAAUUUGGGUUCGGUCAAGUAGGUAGAAAAGUGAAAUAUUUUAUUUCGUUUUUCUCAUAUAGUUUUUCAUUGUCAAGCUCUAGAUGCAAAUGUGUUUUUUUCUUUUAUUUUUUAAUCAAAUACCUUUUUUGUUUAUAAAAUAAUUUCGGAAUGAAAUUGCCGAUAAUAUUGUUUGAGUCAGUCUGUGGUUUGGUGGGCUUUUCGCAAACAUAUUUUAUUUGAAAGCAAGCAUUGCAUACUACCAUAACUACUGAGAGAUGCCUCAUUUUAUUUAUACCGGAAACCACAAAAAAAAAAAAAGGUUUAUAUUUCUGGCUUACCAUGUCCGUCAACCCACACACACGGCAUUCGGACACCAUUAUUCGAAUUUCUGUUAGCAUUUGAAUUUGACGUAACGAAGUUAUUGAUACCUAAUGGCUCUAACAGCGUGACAGUUUUGGUUUUGGAAAUAUUCAACAGUUCUUGCUGAAUACACUAUUUUGAGUUAUUAGGCUUAUCUAGAGGUUGUACAUCGAAAAUGUAAACAUUACAUGUUCAAUAUGUUAAAGAUAUAUAUAAGUAUACUGCCAUCAAAAUUUAAGUGAAUUUAAGCUCCUUUUUAACGAUACUUAGGAGUAAAGAAACUUUUGAAAUUUUAUAUGUAACGGAUAUUUGACGAAUCUCCCAGUCAUUAUAAAUAGAUACUGUUUAAUGAUACUUAUUUUAGAUAUCAUAUUUUGUUCGCAUGAUAUAUUAUUAAAUGAGCAUCCCAUUAUUAUCCUGUAUUAGAUUGAAGACGGGUUAUAUCCGCUGUGAUUAUUUGUAUAAAUUCAAUUAAUUGGCCAUGCCAAUUUUGAAGAUAAGCUGAGUUUACAUUUAAAUUAAUUCUGAGUCAGUCUAGUUCCGCUAACUAUAAAAAAAUUAUUAAGAAGCAUUCGAUAAAAUAGUCAUGUUUGUUUGGACCAAAAAUGUUUGAUUCAAAAUGUGAGUGAAUGCAAGAACUUUCGAUGAUGAGAUUGCAGGUGUGUGAUAAACAAUGGUGCUUGUUCGAAUGUCUUUAGCAUUGAAAAGGGAGUACGAAAAGGUGAUCCAAUAUCUCCCUAUUUAUUCAUUUAUUUAUUAGCUGAGAAAUAAGGGGUAGCUUUCAUAAUCCGUCCACAUAUAAAAGGUAUCAACAAAGAUAAUACAACAAUAAGAAUAAGUCAGUGUGCAGCAACUGAUUGUCUGGGCAAGAAUUAACGCCCUCUCAGGUCUGUUUAUAUCUGCCGGAAGAAUUUGGGAAAUGUUUAUAGUCAUAAGAAAAAAAAAGGUAUUGGAGGAGCAGAAAAGUUUAUCGUCAAAAGGUUAUUUAUAAAACAGAACAAAAAUAUUUUGAGAAAAAUUUGAAGGGAUUAUUUUUAAAAGCUUGGUUUUAAGUUCUAUCACAGUAAAAUAGUUUCCAUAUUUGUUCAUUUCAGGGAAAAACAUUACAACAAUGAACAAACCUUAAAAAGUACGGCUGAGAAACCUGACAGGGGGUAAAAUACCAGUAAUAGGCAUUUUAGAUUUUCCCAUCAUUAUCCAGAUAUAAACAGUUACCUUAUCAACCUUGGAUAUUAUAUGAGAAUUAAUGCAAACAUUUGAUUUGUUUUGGAUCAAUCGAACAUAUCAAAUGUUAAGGAACUCACGAAUAAAUACUCUUAAAAAGGGAGGAUUGAACAUGUUUCAUUGGCAAAGUUUCUAAAACUAUCGCAGUUGGGAAUAUAUGUGAUCCAUUCAAAUCAAAAUCUUCAGCAUGGAAACCUGAUUCAUUAAUGGCAAUGGCAAAGGUGGACAGAAGAGCUACUAGUAAACGGCAAUUUGAUUGUGUGGUAAAAUGAACGCAUGCUUUCCUUCAAUGUAGCAGAUGAGUUUGUAAAUUUCAAUUUUGCACACAGGUCAUAUGUACAAAAAAUAUGCUUUUCAACUUUAACAUCAUCAACUAAAAAACCUUUUUGUUUUGUAAAUACGAAGAUGAUACCAUUCUACACAUGAUGUGUCAAUGUGUCAAUGGGUAUAGUUUAUGGAGAUCUUUCUUCGGGGUGCUUGAUGACAGAUACAUUGUACAAGGUUUUAUAACCUUUGUAAAGUGCUUGUCAAAUUGGGCGUAGAUUUCUGAAAGAAGAAAAGGCUAAUAAUCGAAGGAUUUAUUUAUUUCCAUACACAUGUUUGUUUCGAAAAUAGCUAUCAGGAAAAGUCGAAACACUUUGAUAUGUAGAAUACUCUGUUACGUAUCUGUACUUAAAUGAUUUUGAGAAUUCUAUGUACACUUUUGUACUUUAAGAUAAAGGUUUUGUACAAUCAAUUGGGACACUCAGUUUUGAGUUAAGUUAGUCCAUGACUCUUCACUGAAGUUCACGUGCAUCUAUCUUUUCAAUGACUAUUUUGAUUAAAAAACAUUCAAAGAAAAAGAUGGUCACCUUGUUGUCAAUUAAGAUAUUUGAUUAUUUCACACGUAACAGUAAGUUUGUUUCUGUCUCUAUAACAAUUUAAUGCAAACUAUCUUUCAGUUUUUCGGUUUUAUGUGAAAUAAGCCCUCAAAUCACGUUACUGCUACAUG